CGACUCGCAAACAGUGUGUUCCAGUGUCGGGCUUCAAGUGUACAGCCAUUCAGAGGUGUUUUUUGCUAGGGUCGCGCGCGGCACCACCCAGUCCCUUACCUUCUCUCCUCAUAGUGCGUGAUGAUUAUAUUCGCGUACUGCGUCCUUGCGCGCUCUGUAUCUACAUUACCCCUGAAUGACCAUACCGUAUGCAGAUGCGGUUGUCAAAAAAGGAGGUCCACCCUCGUGGUGUAAGCAUCGAGACUUAUCCAGAUCACAUGGAUAUGCCGGAGCACUCUCGUAAAUUAACUGUUAAAUAAUUCCGGGGUGACAAGGCUCGGCCGCGAAUCGGGAGGGUUCUUUUUUGCGGUCUCUUAUAUCGUUUCAACUCGAAUCGCGGAAUAAAUAUCAUCUUAACUUAGGACAGAUGGAGGAUGCGGAGCACAUAGCGCCGCUAGCACAGCGUGCAGUGAAAGGGGUGGAGAAGAACCCUCAAUCGACUAAAGUCCGCUUUAACGAGUCCGACGCGCAGUGUACCCUCCAGAAUUCUUUCUCCUUCUCACGCGACCCGACGAGUCCGCAGCAACGAGACGCAGGCGACCAUGCGACGCCGGGUUUGCGACCGCAAUCAUCGCCGCCGGUCGUCGCCGCCUCCCGGCAGCCGUCGCAGGCGUCGCAAGAGGGCGGCGAGACAAUGUCGAGCAUGCAGGAGUGGGCGCGCGGUGUGGCGAUGGCGGCAGCGGUGCUUCAGAAUAGCUCUCACACAAGCGGGACACUCGAUAGCGGGUAUGCGCACGGUUCCGGAGCCGGGCGCACAUCGGCGCGGGGGCAAGGGCAAGAGCAGGGGCAGCGGCAGCGGCAGGGGCAGGGGCAGGGGCAGGGGCAGGGGCAGGGGCAGGGGCAGGGGCAGGGGCAGGGGCAGGGGCAGGGGCAGGGGCAGGGGCAGGGGCAGGUGGCGCAGCCGCGCCAUUUUGCGCAGGCGGCUUACCCGCGCAGCCGCAGCACGAGCUCGACAACGGGGGUGCGCACCGCUGCCUCUUCCGCGCUUCCGCCGUUUCCGCACGGCGCUUCCUAUCCCGCGCAACUGCACCAUCUGCAGCACCAGCAUAGCCAGCAGCAACACAUAGAAUCACUAGCGCAAGUGCAGGAGCACUCGCAGACAGAGUCGCAGUUGACGACACAGUCGCAGUCGCAGUCGCAGAAGCAAUCGCGGCUUCAGCCGCUUCCGCAAGAGGAGGAGGAGGACGCCGGCAAUGGCGGCAGCUGCGACGGCGACGGCGACGGCGACGGCGACGGCGGCGGCGGCGCUACAAAUAGCAUCAGCGUUGGCGGUGGCGUCGGCAUUGCUCCGCUAAGCAGCGCGCAACCGCGGCUCUCCGUCCGUCGGUUUGCGGGCGGCACGCGCGCACCCGCGUGGGGAAGCAGGCGCACGCUGAGCCUACCGGAGCGGAUGCAGCGGAUGGACUCUGUCCUAGGGGGAGCUAUCAGCGCAGGGGGAGGCGGAGGUGGGGGGAACGGUGCGGGCGGCGGAGCCGGCGGAUUGGGUGCAGGAUCCGCAGGCGAGGCGGAAGGCGAUGGCGGGAGCGGCGGAGCGCCAGGCGAGGCAAGCCCUCCCGCCAGCGGCGGUGGGAGCGCCGCCGUAGAGACAGCUCUCGAUGCGGCCCUAGAGUCUGCCGCCGCCGCCGCUGCCGCCGCCGCCUUCGCGGCGGGAGCGCCGGCUGCGGAUCCGGCGGCGGGAGCUUCCCCCACGGGCGCUGCGGCGGCUUCCGCGGAAGCUCCGCUAGGCGGAGGCGCGGAAGAUGGUCCGCGGCACGCGCACAAGUCGCUGUCGACGGGGACGACUACGGGCGUGGGGAGUCGCAGCGGGGGUCGGCGGGAGGCGAUCACGGUUAAGAAGCUCCGGGCAGCGAAAGUUUCGAAGCUGCCCAGUUUCAACCACGAGCCCACCGUUCCUUCUACCACGCCCGAGUUCAACGAGUGGGCGCACCCCUCCGCUCCCCCCAACACCACCAACCACCACCAGCACCACCAGCAGCAGCAGCAGCAGCAGCAGCAGCAGCAGCAGCAGCAGCCGCACCGGUGCCCGCCGCUCUCCCCGCCGUCCUUCGACCACCCGUCGGCGUUCCGCCAGCCGCCGCAGUUCAGCUGGCUGACGGCGGGGGGCGCGCGCGGGUCGCAGUCCAUGGGGCCAAGGUCCGGGAGCAAUGACGUGGUGGUGGUGAGGAGGACGUAUAAGUACACGCAGCAGUUCCAGCAACGCGGCGAGCAGGCGCGGUUUGGACAGAGGAAGCAUCAUUUACCAGUCGACGAGAUUUCAACCGCCACUCUCCCCCCUUCCACCACCCGUCUCACUACCUCCUCCCACCCCUCCAACGAACCUACUUCCUCCUCCCCCCACCACCACCCCUCCCCCCAUCACCCCUCCCCCGAGCCUGCGCCUGCCCCUCCUCCCCAGGCUGCUUCCCCCCCUGAAUUCUCCCCUUUCCCCCCCCACCACUCCGCGACCCCCCAGCCCAACCCAUUUCCCCAGCGCUCAACCUCCCCCUAUCCGAGCCCCUCCCCCUUUCCAUCCGCCCCUCCCUCCGCGUCCCCGUCUUUUCUCCCCCACAAUCCGUUGCUAGACUCGCAGCAGCAGGGGGGGCAGCAGAGAGAGCGGGGGCAGGGGGGGCAGCAGCAGGGGCAGCAGGAGCAGGGGCAGAAGGAGCAGGGGCAGAAGGAAGGGCACCAGGAGCAGCAGCAGCAGCAGCAGCAGCAGCAGCAGCAGCAGCAGCAGCAGCAGCAGGGCCAGAGGCGUUACAGUGCGUCUCCGUCGUUCUCCCGUCGCCCUGUUUCCUCGCCCUCCCUUAUGCACCGCUCACUCUCCCCCUCCCUCUCCUCCCGCACCCUGCUCCAACACCACUACCAGCCGCAGCAGCAGCAGCAGCAGCAGCAGCAGCUGAGCCAGAUGAUCCCUGGAGUUACUGAGUCUCCUCAAAGCAACCCCUCCUCGCCCCCUACCAACCCACCACACCCCACCCUGCCCCACUGUAGCAUAAUCCCCACAACCACGGCCUCCCCCUCCCGCGCCCAUUCCCCUGAGUCAACGUUCGACUCUUUGACUCCUCACAACCCACCGUACUCCACCCCACCUUACCAAAGCAUUAUCCCCACAGCCUCGUCCUCCCCCUCCCCCUCCUACUCCUCCAACGCCACCUUCGAGUCUUUGACCUCUCAACACAACCCACCAUACUCCAUCCCUCCCCACCAGAGCCUUAUCCCUACAGCCUCCCCUGCCCAUUCCUCUGGGCUAGGAAGGAGACCUAGCUCUGCUAGGCGCUCCCACCAGCACAUGCUAGUAGCCCGCAGUGCCUCGGCCGAUCGGUCGGCUGUUAGGAGUUCGUCCGCUGAUCGAGCGAGGGGAGAGAGGGAGAGAGGCGGGGAAGGGGUGUGGGUGAGGGGGGGCGAAGGGGAGUGGGAGAGGGUGAGGGGGAGUGCGAGCCCAGCUGCGAGCUUGCCGGAUACUAGUGUGAGGAGGGUGUUGUUACAGCAAGGGGUGCAGGAACGCCCUCAGGGGAAUUUCGGGGGGGGUCUGACGGUUGGGGGGGGUGGAAUUUUGGGGGGGGUCGGAGGGGCGAGAGUGAUUGGUGGGGGGAGGGAAGAGGGGGGCGGGUUUGGGGAGUGGCGGGUGCGGCGGUUUCCCGGGGAGAGUGGGGAGCAGGGAAGGGCGGGCGAGGGGGGGAAGGGGGGGGUAGGGGGGGCGGUGGGAGCAGCAGGGCAUGGUGAGAGGUUGUUGGCUGUGCGGUCGUUCUGUAGUGCGCAGGGGUCUUUGCUGAUGCAUGGAGUGAGCGUGGAUGGUGGUGGCAGUACUGCUGCUGCUGCUGCUGCUGCUGCUGCUGCUGCUGCUGGUAUGCUUGGUGGGCGAAUUGACGGUGGUGCUGGUGGCACUGCCACAUCUGCUUCUUCUGCUACUGCUGCUGCUGCUGCUGCUGCUGCUGUUGCAGGCACUGACCCUGCUUCUGUUCCUACUGCUGCUGCAGCAGCUGCAGCGGGUGGGGGGGAAAUGGCUGCAGAGGUGGGAAAGGAGCAGGAGCAGGGACUAACACAGACACAGGUAGAGGCAGAGGCAGAGGCAGAGUCAGUCGAAGCACUGGCGUCUGGAGCAGCAAUGGUUGAGCGGGAGGGAGAGAGAGACACAGCAGCAGCAGCAGUACAGAGUACUUAUGACCAGGACAGCUGCGUCGCUGCCAGUGCCUAUGCUACCGCCUAUUCCUGUCCGCCUGUUAAUGCCGCUGCUACUGCCAGUGCUACUGCCAGUGCUAAUGUUGGUGUUUGUGUUGGUGCUGGUGAUAGUUCGAGUGUUAUUGAUGCGGCUAGUGCUGGUACUACCACCUCCCCUUCUGCCAACACUAUUUCUGCUGCUGCUUCUGAUACUGCUACGGCUGCUGCUGCUGCUGCUGCUGCUGCGGGUACUGCUGAUACAGCUGCUGCUGCCGCAGAUACUUUUUCUGCUGCCACUGUUACUAGUGAAAACGGAAGCACCAGUGCGAACCCUGUCAGUAACACACGAAGCGGCAGCAGCAGCAGCAGCAGGCCGGGGAUUUUCACCAAGGGACGGACAAGACAGGGGAGCUUUGGGCGAGCAGUGGGCAACAGGCAGAGGAGUCGGGGAAGUGGGGGGGAGAGCAAGGACUCUGGCACCGGUGGUAGUGGGGGCAGUCAUAGUAGCUUUGGUCUAGACGGGACUGACCUAAGCGAAGUACUGGCGAUUACAGAGGAGGAGGGGGUGGGGGAGGGAAGCGUGGAGGAGAGGAGAGGGGUUAAGGAGGAGGAGGGAGAGGGGGAGGUGUCCAGGGAGCAGGGCGGCAUUAGACAAGAGGAGCUGGUGCUGGACGGGGGUGAUUGGCAGGAGAAGAGGAGCGUAGGGCAGGGAGGAGGAGGAGGAGGAGGAGAGGAGGGAGGAGGAAAGGAGGAGGGAGGAGCGAGGAGGUGGAGGUUGGAUGGCGGAAGCAAGCACGGCAGCAGCAGCAGCAGCAGUGCUGCUUACGUCCCCAUCGUGCGGAACAGCCGAGGUUAUUACGAUGAUGAUGAUGAUUAUGGUGGUGGUGGUGCAGGGAGCAAUGACUACUACAGUGGGAAAGAGGAGGCGAGUGUAGAGGGAAGAGGUAGCCAGGCGGGGAGAGGAGGUGUUGCCGGUGAUGGGCAGGAGAACUACAUUGGUGCGAGUGUACGAGGUGAACAUGAGGGAGGGGAGAGAGGAGAGGGAGGAGAGGGUGAGGGAGAGGGCGAAGGAGAGGGUGAGGGAGAGGGUGAGGGAGAGGGUGAGGGAGAGGGAGAUGGGAGUGAGGAGCGAGGAGGCCGAUGGGUUCCGGUGUAUGAAAAGGAAAGCCAAGACGCACGAUUCUUGACGCGAGACGAUGGCUGUGGUAAUGACGGUGGGGAUGCUGCUGCUGGCGGGGGUGGUGGUGGUGUUGGUGGUGGUUGUGGUGCUGCUGAUGAUCAUGGUAGUAACAGCGACGGCGGUUUUGGUUGUGCUGGUGCUGGUAUGGACGGUGAGUUUGACAGCUUCGACUAUUAUGCAGUGGGGUUGGAGUGCCAGCAGGUUGAGGGUGGAGGGGGAGGAGAAGAGCAGCAGCAGCAGCAGCAGCAGCAGCAGCAGCAGCAGCAGCAGCAGCAGGCGCUGUGCAACGGUGAUGGUUCCCUUGCUGCUGCCACCGCUGCCGCAGCGGCCGCUGCUGCUGCUGCGGAUAGUUAUGAUCAUUACAGUGUUGAUGGUGAUGAUUCUGCUGCUUCUGCUGGUGCUGGUGCUGUUGAUGUAGCAGCAGCAGAGGGCAGCAGCAGCAGCAGGGAGCGUUGGACCGCGGGGCAGGCAGGCGAGUACGACAACAUCCGGUGGCCGCAGCCCAACCCCAAGAUGGCAGCACGGGUGGAGAAGGAGAAGAAGAAGAGCCUUUGGUCUCUUGUAAGCAAUAUCGUCCGGUGACUGUGACGCGCCGGCAGGCGUGCUUGGUUGGUGACUGUGAUGGGCCGGCAUGCAUGCUUGGCUUGUUCUUGACUGUGUUCCACGUCAUUUGGCCGUGCAUUCUUUUUAUUGCUUUUCAUUGCAACGCCGCAACGUGUGACAUGACGGGCGAAAGCGUGCGUUGGUUGCCUGGCUGGCUGGUUGGUCAGUGUGUCGAAAGACGAAGCUGGGCUGGAGUUCUCUAGCAGGGUGGCAGGUUGGUUUCUCAGUGCGGUAGAUAGAUAGAGAACAGUGUAGGGGCGAAUUCCUAUGAACUAGGAUCAGAAUCAGCAAUGCGAAAUCCAUUCUUGAUCCCUUUGCGCGGUCUAUUACGCCAAGUUCA